GUUUUUUCAAAGCCACGCAGCCGGGUGAGAGUUCAGUAAAUACUGAUGAUGUCAUCGUCUGAAGAUGGCUGAAGGAGAAGGCUGGUGGGGAGGCUGGCUUCAGCAGAGCUUCCAGGCCGUCAAAGACAAGUCAUCUGAGGCCUUAGAGUUCAUAAAGCGAGACCUGACAGAGUUCUCCACUGUGGUGCAACAUGACACGACCUGCUCAAUUGUUGCUACAGCCACCGCUGUCCGAAACAAGCUCGCGGUGGAAGGUUCGUCUGAGACCACAGAAAAGGUGAAGAAGAGCCUCUCUAGUUUCUUAGGAGUGAUAUCAGACACACUUGCUCCACCCCCGGAUAAAACCAUCGACUGUGAUGUGAUCACAUUGGUGGCAACGCCAGCAGGAACUACAGAGGUCUAUGACAGUUCUAAGGCGCGUCUCUACAGUUUGCAAGCUGACCCUGCUACAUACUGCAAUGAACCUGAUGGUCCUCCAGAGCAGUUUGACAACUGGCUGUCCAGCUUCAGUUUGGAAGAUAAGAAGGGAGAAAUCUCUGAGCUUUUGGUGAACAGUCCAUCUAUAAGAGCCCUUUACACCAAAAUGGUCCCGGCAGCUGUAGCCCAUUCAGAAUUCUGGCAGAGGUAUUUCUACAAAGUCUUCCAGUUGGACCAGGAGGAGGCCAGGAGAGUGGCACUGAAGCAGAGGGCAGAGCAGGCCACACACACAGAGACGCUGGGCUGGGAGGAAGAGGAGGAGGAUGACUUCCUCGGCGCGACAUCGUCAUCUCAGCUCGACUUUACACCCCCGCUGGACAACCGCUCAACCCAGCUGCCCACGACCUUGACAGGAACGACCCUGCUGAGCCCCGUGCUGUCUCCCAGCGACGAGCGCGAUGCCACCCUCUCUGUUAGCAGCGACAGCGUCAGCCUGCCAACGCAGGUGGAAGUGCGGCCGGAGCCCGUUGCCACGGAGCUUGCCAAGAAACUGACGGAAGCUAGAUUGGAAGAUGUCGCAGACAAGAAGCAAGAAGAGCAGAGGCCUGGAAAGAGUGACUUACCUCUCGAGGCUCAAGUGGAAGCUGUAACCCAGCCAGAGGUAACUGUUGAUGGGGCUUCAGCGCGGGCUUCAGCACCCACAUCUAAACCAGAAGCAGCAAAGGAGGAGGGGCCGCAGGACUUGAGAGUGUUUGAGCUUAAUUCUGACAGUGGGAAAUCUACGCCCUCUAACAAUGGCAAGAAAGGGUCCAGCACCGACGUGAGCGAGGACUGGGAGAAAGACUUUGACCUGGACAUGACAGAAGAAGAAGUCCAGAUGGCUCUCUCUAAAAUAGAAGCUUCUGGAGAGAUGGAUGAAGACUGGGAGAACUGGGAUUGAGAGCCACUCCAACACAAACUCUGUCCCGCCAUUAAAGCUAGUUCUCGGCAGACGAACCAUGCUUAACGUGUUUUAACUCUUUGUCCACACUGUCACCAUGUCAUGAUUGUCAGUAGGGGAUUUUCCGCCGGGUUUGGACCAUAUUGGUAAACCUGUUGAAAAGAGCAACGGUAAAGACCAAGGCAAUAAGAAUUUAACUGCUUUGUCAGUUUAGUGCAGAUAGGCCACUAGUGAGGGUAAUGACUCAGGACUUGGCUAUUUCUUGGGAAAACUUCUGACUUAAAAAGCAUAUGGCAGUAGUAAUAGACAAAGGUUGUAAUCCUUCUGACCCUUAAAGCUUAAGGACAAGCAGUAAAAAGUCAGAAUGUGAAAGGAGCUGUUUUUUUCCCCCGUUUUUCUUUAUGCCAUUAAAUACAUCAUGUAUGUUGCGAGCGUAUUUAAAGUUGGGCAAUGACUUAACUGCAGGCUGCAAAAUAGCCAUAAACUCUAAUGCUGCUUGUCACCUUUCUAAGAUGAAAUACUCCACAAGUGAUUUUUGAAUGGUGAUGAUCGAUCGAUUUAGUUCUACCUGUUUCUCUUUUGUCUCUCUCAUCUUUUAUUAUGCAAGUGAAUCUUCAAAAUGAGAAAAAAAAUAUACAUAUAUAUAUUUUGGCCUUCAUUCAUAGAGCACCUUUCAUUUUGGAUUCACUCCCAACUCUAGAUAUAUGGCCUUGUAAAAUACACAGUAGUGUAAUGAUGUUCUCCAAAUGUUUUUGCUACGAGUCCGUCAUCUGAAACACAGCCGGCUAAUGUGUCAUCGUCACUUCUUUUCCCCCGCGAUUCAUUGGAGUAUGUCCGCUCGUUGCAGGCUACAUGUCGUUUUCUGUCACUUUCAAGUGUUUCACUUCUUUACAUUGUUUAUCCGUCUUUUUCGGGUAGAGGGAAUUCAUUAAUUGUUACUCGUUAAGAGGGCAGUCACAUCUGACUUAAUAAAGACAAUUCAAACUGGUCCUGGUGUCACAAAACCAGAUUCUUUGGCUUUAUAUUGAGGACAGCAUCUCUUGUUAUUUACUUAAAUAGGAGAAUAUGACAUGUUUGGAAGAAAACAGCUCAGCAGGCAGUGUGCCAAGUAGACCAAGGAGCAACAUGAGCAUGCUCCAUGCUUUCUUGAUUUUUAUUUUAUUUUAAUUUUUUUCAUCAUCUGUAACGUAACUGAGAAAAAGUAAUCCUAGAUAUGUAAUAUUUAUACUAAAAUAAAUGCUUAAUUAUUGUAUUAUGUGCUUUGGAUUGCAUGUCUGUGCAAUAACAUGCAAAACAUUGUGCAGAUGGUUACUGUUGAGUUGUAUGUUUUUUGUUUAAUUUUUUUUUUUUUUCUUGGGCUGUUCUUCAGGACUUUUGUGUUCAGACGAUGUGUUGCAUGUCUAUAAUUCUCAGCUGUGUAUUCCCUUCAGAUUGACACUUUGAACUAAUCAAAGUUAUUCUACACACAUUCAAAGCUAUCAAGUUCCUUUUUUCUUUUUUGUUAAGUCAAGUAUUCACUAUAUUUUUCAAAUGAUCAUUGUCAUUAAAGGAUUCAUGGCUAA